AUGAUCGCCUUCAUUAUCAUUGUCCUUCUUAUCGCUUACUUUGCAAAGUCCAUAAUCUCCGACUUCAUGUCAACGCCAGCCCAGGUCAACGCCGAGCCUCCAACCCAAACGGCCUACACUCCAAAGACUCUUGCCAAGUUCAACGGUAAGGAUGACCCUAACGUUUACCUUGCUGUGAGAGGUAAGGUCUUUGACGUUACUAACGGUAAGGCCUUCUACGGACCUGGCGGCCCAUACGAGAACUUUGCUGGAAGGGAUGCUUCUAGGGGAUUGGCUUACAACUCCUUCGACCCAUCUGUUUUGACCCCAAUUGACCAGCCUCUUGACACUUUGCAAGACUUGAGUGCUGAGGAGAAGGAGUCUUUGGACAACUGGGAGAGCCACUUCGAGGGCAAGUACAAACUUGUCGGUACUUUGGACAACGAGACGAAAUGA